UCUCCUCCACCUUCUUCUCCCUCUUUCUCUCUCUCUCUCUCCCACAUACACACACACACGGGCACACACAACAUUCUUUCCGCGUCAACCAUAUCACAGUAACCCGGAGUUUCGUUAGGCUUAAUUGGUUGCCGUCUCUCUUUUUUCUUUCCUCUCCCUCAGUUGCAGAGGAUAUGCCUCUUCUGGUUUUCUAUUUUCUGCUCAACUUUGCACAGUUUCUCCAACCAUCAUCAUCACUGGAUUUCAGGUUCAAUUCAUUCAACACCACCGAUCUUUUCCUUGUCGGAGACGCCCGGGUCGAAUCUAAUGGCGUUGUUCGGCUCACUAACGCCACCAACCAGUUCUCCAUCGGCCGCGCCUUCUUCCCCUCCCCUCUCCCCAUGAUCACAGCCACCAACAGCAGUGGCAACAACACUAUGAAUGGUAGAGCGCGCGUUACUUCCUUCUCCACCACCUUCAUCUUCUCCAUUCUGCCGAUCAUUCCCAGCAGCCCCGGCUUCGGCCUGGCGUUUGUUAUCUCUGCUUCAACCGCGCCGCCUGGGGCUCUCCCCGGCCAGUACUUUGGUCUCUUCAACAAUACGGCCGAGAGGAUGGUCGGGCCACUUGUGGCGAUCGAAUUCGACACCGGCCGCAAUCCUGAAUUCGGCGAAACGGACGGCAAUCACGUCGGUGUGAAUCUGAAUAAUAUAGUUCCUGUUUUGUCCGAACCCGCCGGCUACUGGGACGCGAAUGCAUCUGUAACACGGCAAAUUGAUAUGAGGAGCGGCAAGAAUAUUCAGGCAUGGGUGGAAUUCGACGGCAUCAAUAGUGUGAUAAAUGUCACCAUAGCACCUGCCGGACAACAGAAGCCUCAAAGGCCAUUGCUUUCUUACAAGAACGCAAAUCUAUCUGCUUUCUUUGUUGAGAAGAUGUUUGUCGGGUUCUCGGCGUCGAUCGUUACUUGGGUGGAGGCCCAAAGGAUUUUGGCUUGGAGCUUCAGCAGCAAUGGCACAGCACGGCCAUUGGAUACGUCAAACCUGCCUGUUUUCUUGCCGGAAUCAGUAUCCCGCAACUCAUCAACACCGCUUAUAGCAGGUGUCGUUUGUGCUUCUCUUGUUGUCUUGCUGGUCUCUGUAUCAGUUGGGUACUGGAUCUGGUUGAAGAGGAGAAACAAAGAGGAAGAGAUUGAAGAUUGGGAGCUGGAGUACUGGCCUCACAGGAUCAGCUAUGAGGAUCUCGAUACGGCCACCGACGGUUUUGCGAACAAAAACCUCCUUGGUUCUGGUGGGUUUGGGAGUGUAUACAGGGGAACUCUUCCGAACAAUAACAUAGAGGUUGCUGUAAAGUGCAUCUCAAACAACUCUAAGCAGGGACUUCGUGAAUUCAUCGCCGAGAUAUCGAGCAUGGGCCGGCUGCAGCACAGGAAUCUGGUUCAGAUGCGCGGAUGGUGCAGGAGAGGCAAUGAGCUCAUGUUGGUGUAUGACUAUAUGCCGAAUGGUAGCCUGGAUAAACGGAUAUUCGACAAUCCCAGCCAGUUGCUCGGCUGGGCAGGCCGGCGUAGAGUUCUGAAUGAUGUAGCAGAAGGAUUGCUGUAUCUGCAUGAUGGAUGGGAGGAAUGUGUUCUACACAGAGACAUUAAGUCCAGCAACAUAUUGCUGGAUGCGGACAUGCGUGGAAGGUUGGGAGACUUCGGCCUGGCUCGUCUUUACGAGCAUGGGCAGGCGCCAAGGACAACGCGCGUCGUUGGCACACUUGGGUAUCUUGCGCCUGAGCUUGCGCGCAUUACUGCACCAACUAAAAGCUGCGAUGUUUUUAGCUUCGGCAUUGUCAUGCUGGAAGUGGCUUGUGGGCGUAGGCCCAUCGAAGAGGAGCCCAUACUCAUCGAUUGGGUGCGCGAGCUUUACACUGCUGGCCGGGUACUUGAGGCAGCGGACAAGCGCAUCGCAGGAGAAUACGAUCCCGAUGAUGUGGAGACGGUGCUGAAACUUGGACUUGCUUGCUGCCAUCCCGAGCCUGACCAAAGGCCAUCCAUUAAACAAGUCGUGAGUGUCCUCCUGGGUUCUUGAGUUCUAGACUCAGUUUUCAAUUCAAAGUCGACCAUCAUCUGACUGUAUAGGAGAUGCUGUGUGAGGGGCUCUGGUUCAGCUGGUAAGUCUCCCACAAAUCUGGUGCACGGCAUUGUACAAGCCACCACCAUUUCUUGCUCCGAAACGUGAACUCCUCUUCAGAGUCUUCAUCAAGCUUUGAGUGGUACAAGAUAGAAGCACUCAAAAUGGUCAGGCCCUCUGUAGCAGACAUGUUUUUCUGCCAUUGGUUUUGGAGGUGUCAAAUAAGCAGUAUCCAGCUUACCUCACCUUGCCUUGCCAGGAUGGGUUCAGGAAAAUUUUCUCAUGUCUUAAACAUGAGAGGCCGACUCGUUACAACGAACUGCUCACACCAACUUGGAAUGGAUCUCAUGUAUCCCAGUGAAUGCCUUUCAUUUUUUAUGCACAGCUGUUGCAAAGUGUUCCUUUGAAAAUAGAGAAUUCAGGUUCCACAUAUCCAAAAACACAUUCAAGCAAAAGGCUGCAGCGGAUCAGAUGCUGCUGAUGAGCAGUUCUAGUCAAGAAGUGCCUUUGACAUAACCAAAGACUGCUGACGAGGGACUAGAUCCAACUAGACAAUGGAAAGUUCCUUCAAAGCUCAUAUGAGCACCAAUUGGAUGGCUCCAUUUAGGACGAGACUUUUUUGGCAGAACUGGACCAUUAUGUGCAAGAAUAAAGUACUUGCUCGGUCAUUUCUUCUAAUGCAGUUUCUGUUGUAGUCCCUGUGAUGUGAUUUGUGCUUGUUUUAUUUUUUAUUCCUUCUGUUUUUGUUUGGCUUCAAUCUAUCUUCAUAACUGUGGGUUUUUUUUUUCUUUUCACUUUAAUACAUAAAGAUUGCAUCCAUUA